CCUGGGCAUGGCAAGAUGACAAGAAACUGCCAUGUCCAUGAAGGUUCUGGAGAGACCAGCCAGAAGGAGACAUCCACCUGUGACAUUUGCCAGUUUGGUGCCGAGUGUGAUGAAGAUGCUGAGGACGUCUGGUGUGUAUGCAACAUUGACUGUUCUCAAACCAACUUCAAUCCCCUCUGCGCUUCUGACGGGAAGUCUUAUGAUAACGCGUGUCAAAUCAAAGAAGCGUCAUGUCAGAAACAGGAGAAAAUUGAAGUCAUGUCUCUCGGUCGAUGUCAAGAUAACACAACAACAACCACUAAAUCUGAAGAUGGGCAUUAUGCAAGGACAGAUUAUGCAGAGAAUGCUAACAAAUUAGAAGAAAGUGCCAGAGAACACCACAUACCUUGUCCAGAACAUUACAAUGGUUUCUGCAUGCACGGAAAGUGCGAACACUCCAUCAAUAUGCAGGAGCCGUCUUGCAGAUGUGAUGCUGGUUAUACUGGUCAACACUGUGAAAAGAAGGACUACAGUGUUCUCUACGUUGUCCCCGGCCCUGUCCGCUUUCAGUAUGUCUUGAUUGCAGCUGUGAUUGGAACGAUUCAGAUUGCUGUCAUCUGUGUAGUGGUCCUCUGCAUCACAAGGAAAUGCCCCAGAAGCAACAGAAUUCACAGACAGAAGCAAAAUACAGGGCACUACAGUUCAGACAACACAACAAGAGCAUCCACAAGGUUAAUCUAGAGGGAGCAUGUUUCCCAGUGGCCGGACAACCGACAGCUUGGACUACACAAUACAGUAUUAGAGACAAAAGAAUAAGACGAGAUCUACACAUGUUGCCUUGCGUUUGUGGUAAUCUACACCAAUGAAAACAUGUACUACAGCUAUAUUUGAUUAUGUAUGGAUAUAUUUGAAAUAGUAUACAUUGUCUUGAUGUUUUUUCUGUAAUGUAAAUAAACUAUUUAUAUCACACAAUAUAGUUUUUUCUUUCCCAUGUAUUUGUUAUAUAUAAUAAAUACUCAGUGAUGAGAAAAAAAAUGGCAUUCUUAAAUUUGCAGUAAUUCGUAGCUGUAAGCACAGUCCAAAUAGCAUGGGCUGUGCAGACGGCAGUAUUUCAUCCUUCUGUGCAUCUUCAGACAGCACAUUAGUUUGCUCAGGACUCUGUAGCUAGGUUUUGAGUGAUUCCAAGAUCAAGGGAAAUGAUGGUUAUUGGAAAAGAGAAAAAAACAAUUUACUUUAUUGAGAAAGUAUAAAAUAUGUCAUAUCCUUGAAUCAUCUCUGUUUCAUCUACUUUCCUCCCUGUCUUUCACUUUCAUUUCCAGAACAGAAACUCUCUGGCAUAUAAAUUAAAGAAGAGAAGAAGGGAGGGAAAGUGUUUUAUGACUCAAAAUAGAAUGUAAAGAAGAUACUUGUUUUUACUGGGAAGCAGCAUACCUCUCAGUUAAAUACACCUGCCUUCGGGGCUCUGAGUAAGGUACUGUUAGGUAUUUAAACAAUAGUCAGACCUAUUCUGUUUCUUCAAGCAGAAAUAACAACUAGGACAAAAUUGUACCUGUGUCAGUAAGUAUGAACCCAAACCAUAGCUUCUCUGAAGAUACUUACUCUGUUUUUGUCUCUCAUGAAAAGAAGUUAGACUAGCAAACAAAUGCCCCAUGGCCCGGAGAGUACUGUUAUCUAACAUUGAGAGACAAAAUGACCAUGUUCUAUGACAAUGGAGAGAUAUGUUUCACACAUAUAUACAUACAUAAGAAAGAAAAUCCCUGAGAAGCUAUGAGACUUUCGUAAGAGCUGUUGUCAACCUGUCAUACAUGAUCACGUUGCUGGGGGAAAGUAAAUUUUGUGAAAAUUCUCAAAGAAUAAGUUGAAAUACCAAAUUAAAUAGCUUCCUUAUUAUCGUUCACCUUUGAGUAGCUCCUGUAGCACAUAUGGAUGAUUUCAAUAAAGUUUUCUUUGUCUCCCUCAAAUGACUUCUUCAUGGACUAAAAGAAACGGCAUCCCCUCCU